AAAAUCAUAAGAAAAGAAAAAAAAUGGCUGCCGCUCCAAACCCCACAUCUCAGAAAAUCAAUCCCAACUCGAAAAAUCCGGCAAUGCAGUGGCAGUGGCGGCGAGAAUGAGAACGAGGGCGAUAGUGAAGGGGAGAAGGAGAUUGGGGACGUCAUAGAUUUGAAUAUCCAUGGCGUUCGAUGGAAGGAGACUAAAUGGGUUUCCUUUUCGAUGGAGAGUAGGGGCUGUCCGAAGGGGGAAAUGUGGACUUGCUUUGCUUUGGGUACGACAAAACCCACAGACCCAUCGCCCUCGUUCUCAAUCAACGGCAAAACCCUUUCACGGGCCGAAAUAGUCGGGUACGUCGUGACCCGCACAAAUUCCUCUGAUUCGCCGUCGACAACGGCACCGUUGCAUCCUCUAGCUCAACCACGUCACGUCUUCUUACUUCUUCAAGCGCAGUCCGCCAGGUGUUUGAUCGAUUGCCCGAACGCCUCGAAAUUCGCCGCUCGAGUUCAGGUGUAUGCUGUGACCAGGGUACGGGGAUCACCGGAUUCAGGGGUUUGGUUCAGAUCUCGUCUCCGAUGUGGUCAUCGAGGUGGACCCCAAUGCCUAGGUUCUAGCUCGACUGUGUUAGGCUCGCCAGAAAAUGUUACGUUGUUUGCUGGGGUUGUGGUGGUCUGCAUGGAGUAG